AUGAAUAGCACUCUACCUGCCUUUGACAACAUAACAACCACAACAACCAACAACCCGCUAGUUGGAUACAUCGACCUAACAGACUACCCAUGCUCUGACAAAGGUUUAUUGUUGCCCCUGGUUUGCGAGUACACGUGGCCUCAUUGGUGUCGGGUCAUCAUUUACACCGUCGGUCUGGUCUGGUGCUUCCUGGGUGUGGCCAUCGUGGCAGACAUCUUCAUGUGCUCCAUUGAAAAAAUUACCAGCCACGUUCGCAAAAUUAAAGUCGCCUCUGAAGAUGCCGAGAGCGGGUAUGAAGAAAUUGAAAUAUGGAAUGACACAGUAGCAAAUUUGACAUUAAUGGCUCUGGGAUCAAGUGCUCCCGAAAUCCUGCUGGCCUGCAUAGAGAUUGUUGGUAAGGGAUUUGUUGCAGGAGAUUUAGGUCCGGGUACAAUAGUUGGAUCCGCUGCUUUCAAUUUAUUCUGCAUCACUGGAAUAUGCGUGGCCGUCAUUCCCAAGAACGAAGUCAGAAGGAUAGAUGGGAUAAAAGUGUUCGGCCUAACUUCUUUGUUUAGUUUAUUUGCCUAUAUAUGGCUUGUUAUUGUUUUGAUCUUAAUCACUCCCAAUGAAAUUGAAUUAUGGGAGGCCAUUUUAACAUUUUCUUUUUUUCCAAUCAUGGUAGUUCUUGCUUAUUUAACUGAUAAAAACUGUUUCAAAAAAUCAACUGAAGUUGAAGCAGAGGAGACUGUUGAUGAAGAGAAAGGAGUCUCGUACGGUAAGCAAACAUGUUUCUAUAUUUUGUUUGUUUCAAUCAUAAUCAUUUGGUUGCAAGGUGAGAUUAAAAUUAAGAAGAUAAAGUUUGAAAACAUUUUAUUUCUGCAUGAAUUGAAUGAAAUUCAUGCAAAUUUAACUGAAGACGAACUGUUGAAACUGGCGACGAUGAAGUUUGCCGAUGAGCAGCCGAAGAACCGAUUGUGGUACAGAAUCAACGCUACCAAGCAGUUAGGAGGAAAUCCCAAACUCAUCCCUGGUGCAAACUCUAGAAUGGGACAAGUAAGAAACUCCGAGUUGAAUUUAAACCUAAGAAGUCCACUUUAUCAAAAGAAAGCUAUAUUGGAGCUGGCAACUUCGCAGUGCGCCAUUCUUGAAAGGGACAAAAAGGUGACGAUAACUGUGUAUCGGUACGGAAACAUGUCCAACACUGUACGAUGCAGACUUGAGACGAUUGAUGGUACGGCUGAGGCGGUCAAGGAUUAUAUUCCAAUAAAGCAAGAAAUGGUUUUUGAGCCAAACGAGACCGAGAAGAGCAUAGAUAUUAUAAUCAUCGAUGACGACGAGUGGGAGCCUGAUGAGGUCUUUUUUGUCAAAUUGUCUCUUGAUCCAAACAUCAUACAAGAUGCAAUGCUGGGAUCGAAAGCCAUCGAAGAAAUUACCAUCCUUAAUGAUGAUGAACCUGGAGUUUUUGAAUUUGAGAAGCCGAGUUUUGUUUUUAAAGAGACGGUGGGUUUUGCCGAGAUACCUGUCAUGAGGAGGAAUGGAGCUGACGGGAAAGUGAUAGUUCAGUGGAUAACGGAGGACAUCACCGCCAUCGAAGGCAGGGACUAUAAAGGGCGUGAAGGAUCGCUGAUGUUUGAAUCAGGAGAAAUAAAAAAAAAUCUAGAAAUUCUUAUAUUCAACGAUAAAUGCCAAAUCCAAUCUGAUAAUUUCUCGUCAGAAUUGUUGUUCUGUACUUUAGGUGAUCAAAGUAGCUCAAUACAGAUGUGUGAAAAAAAAUAUUUGUAUCUUGAGCCAUUAUUUUUUAAAUUCUUGCAUUGUUUGAAAGAAAUUGAACUCCAAAUAUUAUUCAAUAAUAAUAGUCAAUGGGAGUUUGAUUCAAUGAUGAACCGGCUGCUGACAUCUGCAAAUGUGAACAUCGACACGAUGAGGGUGGAGACGGUGACGUGGGGCGAACAGUUUCGCAACGCCAUGAACGUCAACGGGGGGGAUUUGGAAGGCGCGAGCUCACUCGAUUAUUUCAUGCACUUCCUUACAUUCGGCUGGAAGCUGCUGUUUGCUUUCAUCCCUCCAACGCAUUUUUGGAAAGGAUGGUUGUCUUUCUUUGUGUCUCUCAUAGCAAUUGGACUGCUGACAACCAUCAUUGGAGACCUUGCCGCCAUAUUUGGAUGUUUAGUUGGGUUGAAAGAUAGCGUCACAGCUAUUACAUUUGUGGCUCUCGGUACCAGUCUCCCCGACUUGUUUGCAAGCAAACAAGCCGCAACUAUGGAGAAAACUGCUGACAACGCUAUCGGAAACGUGACUGGAAGUAAUUCUGUGAACGUUUUUCUUGGAUUAGGUCUUCCAUGGGUUCUUGCUUCGGUGUAUUGGCGCAUUAAGGAAAAGCCGUUUGAGGUGCAAGCAGGUUCCUUAUCAUUUAGUGUUGUCAUCUAUGUUGUCCUGGCUAUCAUUUGUUUGGUGGGACUGAUGGUUAGGCGUUACAACAAAUUCUUAGGAAAAGCUGAACUCGGUGGACCAACGUGUCAAAAAACAGUUACUGCCGUCUUAUUUAUAUGCAUGUGGAUUAUAUAUGCUCUUUUAUCUUCUUUGCAAGCUUACGGUUACAUCAAGGGAUACUGGUGA